GACCAUCUGUUCCUCCAGCGCGCCCCUGUGCCCAAGAGGCGCUGACCCCAUGGGGCUUCUCCCUCUGGGAUGGGGAGGCCCCUGCGUCCCAGCGUCCGCCCUCGCGCCUCGCCCCGCCCAGCCGCAGAUAUAAGGCGCCGGUGCUGCUGUUUCGCUCCCCGCCGCCCGCCGCCACCCGCGUCCCCAUGGCCGGGCUCGCGAUGCUGGUGGCUGCCGCCCUGGCGCUGUGCCUGCUGCUGGCGCCCCCCGGCCUCGCGUGGUACAAGCAGGCGGCGGGGCCGGGCUACUACUCCGUGGGCCGCGCCGCGGGGCUGUUGUCCGGCUUCCGCAGGUCGCCGUACGCGCGGCGCUCCGAGCCCCCCGUGGGCACGGGACCCCCGGGACGGGCCGGCGCCUUCCCGGAGCUGCGCCCCAGCCUGCGGAGCCUCGCCGUGUGCGUCGAGGACGUCACCCCGAACCUGCAGAGCUGCGAGCGGCUCCCCGACGGCCGCGCCAUCUUCCAGUGCAAGGCCGACGUCUUCCUGUCACUCCGCGCCGCGGACUGUCGCAGCACGUGAACCCCAACCCUGGAACGUGGACCUGGCCUGGCUCCCGCGGGCACACCCUGGGGCCCGCCCUUGCCCUGGCCCCAGAUGGCACCCAGUACCGCCCACCCAUCCCCAUAGUAAAUGGCUUAAUGAAUAAA